UCAAUUUUUUUUUUUUUGAAUCAAUGUCAGAUUUAAUUCAUUUUAGUUUGAUCAAAACAACAACGACAACGAUAAUGGUCCAUGUAUAAUCGAAAAUCGUGUUUUUUAGCAUUGCCGACGAUCAUUAUGAUGCCGAUUAUUAUCGGCUAUUUCCAAUCAUUCGAAUCAAUCGAUAAUGGUAUCCAAUUAUAUAUGGUGGCAGGUCGAUCGUCAUCGAUACGAGAAUCAGUCAUCAUCAGAAGCAGCAACAGUAGAAGAAGACGUCGACCAAAUAUUGGCCAAAUAUUAUCCAACAAUCGUAAUCACCGUUUAUGGCCUAAUGGUAUUAUACCAUAUCAGAUAUCCAAAUCAUUACAACGACAUCGAUCAACAAUAAUACAUGCUAUGCGAAAAAUUGAACAAAGUACAUGUAUUAGUUUUCAACAACGUCAAUUAGUACAUCGAGAUUACUUACAUUUAACCAAUGGCGAUGGUUGUCAUUCAAUUGUCGGACGAUUAGGUGGCCGACAAACUGUGUCAUUGGGUAAUGGUUGUCAUGAUUUAGGUAGCGUGAUACAUGAAUUAUGUCAUGCAAUCGGUCUGUAUCAUGAACAUAUGCGCUAUGAUCGUGAUCAUUAUCUCCAAAUUCAUUGGUCAAAUAUUCAACCUGAAAUGAUGGAACAAUUUGUGAAGAUACCAAUUAGUGAAUAUAAUCCAGCAAAUCAUUUUGAUUAUAAUUCCAUCAUGAUUUAUGGAUCAAAAGCAUUCAGUAAAAAUGGCGGACCAACAAUGAUACCACGGAAUCGUCGAAUUAAAUUACGUGAAUCAUAUUCUAAACGAUCCCUUUCUCAAGCUGAUAUAACGAAUAUAAAUGCAUUAUAUGAAUGUUAAAAUUUAAAUUAUCAAUUUUUAUUUCAAAAUGAUAGACACACCAAUUGAUUAUAAAGAAAGUAAAAGAUCAAAUCAAUGCUAAUAAUUUAGUUUGAUGAUGGAAAUGAAAAGAAAAAGAGAAAUUACUCAUUUUUAAAUGUCGAUAAUUAAAUUUUUUUGAAAAAAUGGUGGCCAUCAAUGUUGUUUGUUUUCCAUGUUUAGAAUUCUUCACCAGCAGUAUCAUCAGCUUCGGUGGAAUCCAAACCAACCUCUUCGUAAUCUUUUU